AUGGUCUUGGUCCUCGGACUUCCGGGCAAUGCCAUCAUUAUCCAAGCUUACGCGUGGAAAAAACGGAAGGCGAGCACGGAUAUCCUCAUCAUGGCUCAAGCGAUAGUUGACUUCGUCGCUUGCUUAUUCACGCCUGUUUUCAUUAUCAGAAGCGGUUUCCCGAAACUGAUUACGACAGGUUUGUGUCGGAUGUCACCACUUGCAGAAGAGGCACCCGCUUUCAUGUCCCUUUUCCUCACCACGGUAAUCAGCAUCGAUCGCUACAUGGCCGUGUGUCAUCCUCUACGACGCCGAAUGACGGUGCGUAUGACCAUUGUAUUAGUUACUUUGUGUGUGGUCGUCAGCAUCGCGUUCAACAUUCCGCUUGUUGUUUUAUCUCAAGUCCGAUUUUCCGAUACAGUCAAAAGAAGGCUAUGCGACAUUUCCUUACGUAAAGAGACUUACCAUGUCGUUUUAGCGGCGACGUGUUCGAUAUAUGCAUUGUUUAUCUGUUCGAUAAUGACGACGACUGUUCUUUAUGCUUUCAUAUACAACUUCCUCCGAAAGAGAGCAAAAAUUCAUGCCGGCCUUGUAGACAAUGAGCUGCCAGUAGCUACCAUCAGUUCAGAGAACCAAAGCACUGGAACUCUUGACCACGUAUUCGUGCCCGGUGCAGAAAGCACAGAUUUCGGCGGAGUCACAGCCACCAAAAAAGCAGUUCAGCAUUUGCAUGUAGCUACUGAAGGAUGUUCAAAUAACACAAAUAUCACAUCGGCACCAAGUAGUAAGGUCAUGGAUUCGCAUUUCAUGUCUCCCAUAAUUGAACCGUCUCAAGACAACCUUAAACAACUCCCUCUACGACGUACCCUCACAGAAGUACACCAUUCACCAGCGUCAUCGCCCAAACGGUCUCUUUUUAGACGUCGUGGUACGAAUCAACCAAAGGUACUCAGGAAGAAGCAGGAAGCUGACUAUGGAAGGAAAACAACACGCAUGCUCCUAAUUAUAUCAAUAUUCUUUUUCCUCACCUGGACUCCAAGCAUGAUCAUCCCCAUCAUUCCUCGUUCGAUAGUUUCUAACGGAAGGGACAUUCCUGGAUUCUUCACCAUUAUUAACAUCCUAAUCGCUCUCAAGCUCACUAACCACAUCGUCAACUUCUUCGUCUACUAUUGGGUCAGCAACAGUUUCAGAAGAGACGUGAAGGAGUCGUUUAAGAAAUGCCGAGGCAGGGAAUAG